CGGAAGAAAACAAGAAAAAGAAAAAAAACUAGUUACUUGCCAUUUGUAGACUUUAAUGAUGCGACUACAAUUCAUAUUUGUUCUCAUGAAUUUUUUGGCUCAGACUUGAUUAGGGUGUUCAAUAAGGUGUGCACCAAAAUACCUGUACAUCUAUCACGUUUCACAAGAAAAAAGUUAACAAGAAACUUUGACACACCAUUGUCAUUGAGAUUAGACGUGGGUUAAGAACACCGCCAUGUGAGUAGAGAAACAUACAGAUGGUUGCCGUUUGCAUCCAUCCUUAAAGAUUCAAACGCCUUAAUUUUUGUGCCAAAAUUUUCGCUUGGAAUAGGCGGGAAAGAACGCCCAAAAUUGGAAGAUACAGAGAGAAAGAGUAGAACCAGAGAGGCAGAGAGAGAGAGGGGGGGAAGAGUAAUGGAAGAAUCACUGGGUCGAAUCGUUUUUGACCUAGAAACAUACCAAGCAACAACGAGUCCUGAUCAAGAUCCAUCAGUAACACCGCCUAUUUCUAAAUCAACACUAGUAGAUCUAAAAACCCUAAUCGAGAACAUAACCAAAACCGACAAUAUCGAAGAUGCUGAACAUUUCUGGGAAGAAUUAGCGUCAAAAAACAUCUCCCCAGCUUCAUUACUUCGUAUUCUCACAACCUCAAUGGAUGCCUCGUCUGGUAGCGGUGGCGGUUCUGCUCUUUUGGCUUCUCAAGUUUAUCUCUCUUUACUUCUCUUACCUAAUUCACCAGUUUUCACUCUCUUUACUCCAUUAGCUUUUCUCUCUUUACUUCGCUCCCUCCGUCGUUCUUUCAAAAACCACAAAACAAAUCAAAAUGGUGAGAGCAGCAGUGGUGCUGGGGCCAAGGCGAAGAAUCGGAAGCGGAAGGGAGGAGGCGGGAGAGCUAGGGUUUUGCCACAGGAGGAGGAAGAGGAAGGUAGUGUGUUUGAUGUAAGGGUUUUAUUUCCUGUACUUGAGAAAUUAGAAUUGGUCUUGAGUUUGAUACAUUUGAAUAGAUUUCCUGAUAGUUUGAAAUCAUUAAUACAAACAAUAGCUGAGAUACCAAUAACAGCACUUGAAUUCUAUGAGAAUUCGUCUAGUUACCAUAGAUUAUCCGAUCUUUGUUUUCGCAUAAUAAAUGGGGUUUUGAAACCUGAACAUGGUGAUCAAACUAGUACUAGUAUUGAGGUUCUGAAAGCACUGUCGCCUGCGAUUCUUUUAUUGAAAUCGCAGGCAAGGGUUUGUGCGUUGAAAUUUGUUACUGAUAAAAUGAUGGUUUUGGCUAAGAGUUGUGAGGCUGUUAAGAAAGCGAUUGUUUAUUUGCCAAGGUAUUUGGUUAGUAAGGCGCCGGAGAAAUCGGAGCCUCGUGGUGCUGCUGUGGAAUCUAUAAUGGAGAUUGUUAGGGUAAUGGAAUUUGAAGAUCAGAUUGGGUUUGCUGAUUAUGUGGUGAAGAUGACACAGGGGAAGCCGCAUUUGAGGUUGAUGGCUGUUGAUUUGAUUCCGAUUUUGUUAACAUCAUUGCCGGAUCCAUUAGGGUUAAUUGUUGAAGAUGGGAGUAAGGAUUGGUGGGGUUUGAGGUGUUUGGAGGGAUUGAUUCAGAGAUGCGCGGAUUCAGGUGCCUCAAUUCGAGCUCGGGCACUAUCAAAUUUGGCACAUGUGGUGGAAUCUUUAUCAAGUGAUGCCGGCUGUUUGGCUCGGCUGAAGGAAAUAUUGGGGUUUGAGAAUGUUAAGGAUAGGAACACUGUUGGAGGGUUGAAUGGAAUCUUGAGGAAGAGGUGUUUGGAUGAGAAAGCAGCUGUUAGGAAAGCUGCUCUUCUCUUAAUUUCAAAAUCCACUUCUCUUUUAGGUGGUGUUGUUGAUGACAAGGUGCUCAAGACCAUGGGCAUUGCUUGCGCUGACCCACUUGUAAGCAUCCGUAAAGCAGCAGUUUCUGCACUCUCGGAGGUUUUUAGAAAGUGCUGGAAUGAAAGAGUGGUUACCGAGUGGCUUCAUUCUGUUCCACGUUUGAUAACUGAUAAUGAAUCAAGCAUACAAGCAGAGUGCGAGAAGUUGUUCCUUGAAUUGGUCUUGGAUCGGGUGUCCAAAGUUGGUGCCCUGAGUUCAAGUUCCAAACGUUCUGGUGUGAAUGGGGAAAAGAGAAGUUUUGAAACGGAUAUUGAGUCUGUUUUUUCUGAAGGCGUGUUGAUUCUACUCAAAGGGAUUGUUGAUAAUGAUGUGGCACCUUGCUUGAAGAAGAUAUGCACAAGCCUGGGAAAGAAGAAACAGCUUAAACCAGCUCUUGCUUUUGCGCUUCAAAAUAUCAUACAAACUUCAGAGUCUCUCUGGCUGAACCAUCUGAGACCAAUAGAGAAAUGGACUGCUCCGCCUGGUGCUUGGUUGCUUGUGUCAGAGGUCUCUGCAUUCCUGCCAAAGGCUGUGGGUUGGGAGUUCCUCCAUCAUCACUGGCAGCUUCUUGACAAGAUUGGGGUGGAUGAGCUUAGGAGCCCCCUUGUACAAGGAGAUUUUAUGGAAGAGGCUGAGGGCAGUGAACCUAAUUCGGCUUCUUGGGCUGGAGAUCGUGUCUAUCUCUUGCUAACAAUUUCUAAUGUUGCUGUGGAACUGCCAGCUGAGCCCGUGGCAGACUUAGCCCAUAACUUGCUCAAGCGGAUUGAAGAAUUCAAUAUGCACCCAACAGAGAUUAAUGCGCAUGUAAAAGCCCUUCGAACUUUAUGCAAGCGGAAGGGUUUGAAUCCCGGGGAAGGUGAUAAUCUUGUUUUAAAAUGGGUACAAUUGUUAUUAGCUAAAGCUUUGUGCGUUCUAGAAAGUUACAUCUCAGAGGUGUCAGAGGCAAACAAAGCUGAUGGGUUUCUAACACCACCAAGAAGUACAAGUAGAAAGGGAAGGAAUGUGUCAACAGUGUCCUGCUCAUUAUCUAAAGCUGUUGCUGCAGUCUACACCAUUGGGUCACUAGUUAUGGUAAGCCCUGCAGCCGAUUUGAAGGGCAUUGUCGGUGUUUUACACCCCAUUAUCACUUCGGGGAGCUCUGGACCAAAAAUGAAGAAAUUACCUGGUCCUACAGUAUCUUUAAAGCAGAUGCCUCCUUCUGUGUAUGUUCAAUCUUGGCUAACAAUGGGCAAGAUCUGCUUAGCAGAUGAUAAGCUUGCUAAGCGCUAUAUCCCUCUUUUUGUGCAGGAGCUCGAAAAGAAUGAGUGUGCAGCCCUUCGCAACAAUAUCGUGGUUGUGCUGACAGAUUUUUGUGUGCGGUACACUGCGCUAGUUGAUUGUUAUAUAUGCAAGAUUACAAAUUGCCUACGUGACCCCUGCGAAGUUGUGAGGAGGCAAACAUUCAUCCUUCUUUCUAGAUUAUUACAGAGGGACUACGUCAAGUGGAGAGGAGUUCUUUUCCUUAGGUUUCUCUUGUGUUUAGUUGAUGACUCAGAGAAGAUCAGGCAACUAGCGGAUUUCCUUUUCGGGAACAUCUUGAAAGCCAAGGCACCACUCCUGGCAUAUAACAGCUUUGUGGAAGCGAUUUUUGUUCUGAAUGAUUGUCACUCCCAUGCUGGACAUAGUGGCGGGUCUCACUCAUAUGGAGCUGAAAGCCGGCUUUUCUCGAUCAGAGGCAGUGAUGAAAAAUCCAGGUCCCAAAGGAUGCAUAUUUAUGUGUCUUUAUUGAAACAAAUGGCUCCGGAGCACCUUUUAGCCACUUCUGCAAAGCUUUGCGCUGAGAUCCUUGCAGCUGCCUCUGACGGCUUGCUAAAUCUUGAUGAUACUACUGCACAGUGUGUACUGCAGGAUGCUCUUCAACUGCUUGCCUGCAAAGAGAUCCGAAUCCAAUCUAACCGUGGAUCAUCAGCCGAGGCAGAUAUUGAUGAAGAAGGUGGAGACAGUGGUGGAGCUGAGGCUGCUGCCAAAAGAAAGGCAGUAGCCCAAAUAGCCAAGAAAGGCUUGAUUCAGAUUGCAGUUCCCAUCUUUAUAGAGCUAAAAAGACUAUUAGAAAGCAGGAAAAGUCCCCUAACAGGUUGUCUAAUGGAGUGUCUCCGAGUUCUUCUCAAGGACUACAAAAACGAGAUAGAGGACAUACUGAUAGCUGAUAAGCAACUUCAAAAGGAACUCAUUUACGACAUGGAAAAGUAUGAAGCUGCCAAGACAAAGUCCACCGUUGUUGAAGCGGUUGCUACCAUCCAAAGAUCUGCUGUUUCCGUUUCACCACCUAGACGGGGAACUUGUGCUUCCAAGCUCCCUGCUGAACAUGAUAUAACCGAAAAAUUAGCAGUCACAUUUGUUAGUCCUGAGAGAGUGGCCUCUGUGAUGGCAGAUGUUGCAGCUGAAGCCACUGUGAAAUCUGUUCUUAGAGAAGUUAAUAGGGGUACCCCCACCCCACAACUCAAUUCCAUUGGGAUGCCCAAGGUUAAGUCUUGCACGGGAGGAGUCUUUUCUGGAGAUCGUCCUCGACAUGUUUUGGAAUCUGUGAGGAGAAGACAAAAUUUCGAUUCAGAUGAUGAUAACUAGUUAAUCUUACUAUGCUAACACGUGUUGUUAUUCCCAGUAAUUGUAGCUUUUGCAAGUUGUACAAGUCAAGAAUAUCUCAGUUUUGUAUAGUUAACUCAUUUUAUUUUACUUUGAGAGCUUUGGACUCCAUCAGGGGCCAGGGCCAUUAAUACUGGUCUUCUGGAGUAAAAGAUUUGAUCUACUUACAUAAAGUAAAAUAAAGUAGUAAAAAUCUAGAAUUCUAAGUUAUCAAUUUUUCUGUUCCA